CUAGCGCCUCCAGAGGUGGAAGAGCCAGGAGAAGGACCAGCUCCCCAGGACCAGGAGCACCCAAGAGAGGAAGCGGAGGUCCGGGUGGGCGAGUACCAGGCAGAGGGCACCUCGCCCUGGGGGCCGCAGGAACCAACAGAGGAGGCUGUAUCCCAAAAGGCAGAGGAACCUACAGCAGAGGCUCACGGAAAAGAGGACGAGGCCCUGGGCGAUGCCUCCAAGUCCUCGGAAGCUGGGGCCUGUGCCCCCGACAAGGUCCAGGUUGGCGAGUGGCCGCCAAGUCCUCGGGCCCUUGCAGCCCCCCUUGGGGCACCCAGCUCAAAGGCAGGCGGUGCUCAGCACUUGCCUUUAGCGGUGAAGCAGCGGGUCAAAGCUCUCAAAAAUCUUCAGGCCCAAUAUGUACAAGUGGAAGCUCAAUUCUACAGAGAUUUUCACGAUCUAGAGAAAAAGUAUGCGGCCUUCUACCAGCCUUUGUUUGAUAAGAGAUCUGAGAUCGUCAGUGCAAUCUAUGAGCCCACAGAAGGUGAAUGUCAGUGGCAAGUAGGUGUCCAGGAAGGCGCGUGGGGGGAAAUGGAAAGAGAGCCUGCGGGAAAAGGGCCAACAAACGGCAUACCUCACUUUUGGUUGACGGCUUUUAAAAAUGUGAAGAUCCUUGGGAGGACGAUCCGAAAAAAUGACGAACUUGUACUAGAGCACUUGAAAGAUGUAAAAAUUAAAUUUUCAGGGUUCGAGGAACCAAUGAGCUUCACCAUAGAAUUUACCUUCAAGUCCAGCGAAUACUUUUUCAAUGAAAUCCUGACUAAAACAUACCAAAUGCGAUCAGACCCAGAUGAUUCUGAUCCCUUCCUCUCCAAAGGCCCAGAAAUUAUCAGCAGCACAGGAUGUGAGAUCUACUGGAAAGAGGGGAGAAAUGUCACCAUGAAGACGAGCAAGCUGCCGAAAGGUGAGGACCGCAGAAUCAUUGUAUCCACCACCAAGAAGACGCCCAGCUACUCUUUCUUCACCUACUUCUAUCCUCCUGAUUCUCCUGAGGGCAGAGUUGUCGAUGUCGCCACCGAUUAUAAAUUGGGCUAUUUUUUCCGUGAAGUUCUGGCCCCAAAGUCCGUAUUAUUCUUCACCAGUGAAGCCAGUGAAUGUAAGUGUGGAAGCUCUGAUGAUGAGGCCUGAGAAGCUGGAGGUGAGGAAAAGAAAGCAGACGAGAUCAGAAAUGAAGAACCUGAAAAAGGGCCUGAAAAGUAUCUGGACCCAGGAGAGAGCAGUUCCUGAGAACCCAGUUUGGAGGCAUAGUAAGACAUGAACGAAGAAAGCCACAAUGAAUUUGUUCUUCAAGGAAUGGAGAUUUUCUGAUAUUUAUUUGUCUUUCGAAAUU